CUCUACCACAACCUCCAACUCGCACUUGUGCUAACCUGGACUGUCAAACAUUGUAGAGAUGCUUAUUCUGACAGAAACCGCGGCUGGUUAUGCUGUCUUCAAGGCAAAGGACAAGAUUUUAAAGAAGCAGGACCAGCUCAUUGAGAGCUUCAAGAGUCCCGAGGGUGCUGCAGGCAUCCUCAAGCUUCAAUCCUUUGCCAAAUUUGAAAGCACUAUGGAUGCUCUGGACAACGUCUCGGCACUUGUGGAGGGAAAAGUUUCGGGAAAGCUUGCUUCUUUGCUGGAGGACUUGAACGACAAGAGUGAGACUCUUGUCGUUGCUGAUCCCAAGCUGGGAAACGCUAUUAACAAGCUUUCCAACCUGGACUUCAAAAUUAUCUCGGACUCUUCCGUUUUGGAUCUCUACCGUGGUAUCCGUCAACAUUUGUCCUCUCUUAUCGCCGGGCUGUCUCCCAAGGACUUGAACGCCAUGUCUCUGGGUCUGUCUCACUCCCUUUCUCGUCAUAAGCUCAAGUUCUCUCCCGACAAGGUGGACACUAUGAUCGUUCAAGCCAUUGCGCUUUUGGACGAUUUGGACAAGGAGGUGAACACAUACGCUAUGCGUGUUCGUGAAUGGUACGGUUGGCACUUCCCCGAGAUGGGCAAGAUUGUCCAAGAUAACCUUGCCUACGCUCGUGUCAUCAAGACAAUGGGUAUGCGUACCAACUGCUCUGAAACAGACUUCAGCGCUGUCCUCCCCGAGGACCUUGAGGCCACGUUAAAGAGCGCUGCCGAAAUCUCUAUGGGUACCGAAAUCACCCAAGAGGAUUUAGACAACAUUUUGAUGCUUGCCGAUCAAGUUCUGGAGUUGUCGGCUUACCGUGCUCAACUUUCUGAGUACUUGCGUAACCGUAUGCAUGCCAUUGCUCCGAACUUGACUGCUUUGGUUGGUGAGCUCGUCGGUGCUCGUUUGAUUGCACACGCAGGUUCGCUUAUGAACUUGGCCAAGCAACCCGCAUCUACCAUCCAAAUUUUGGGUGCCGAAAAAGCACUUUUCCGUGCUCUGAAAACUAAGCACGAUACCCCCAAGUACGGUCUUAUCUACCACGCCAGUCUCGUUGGUCAAGCCAACCCCAAGAACAAGGGUAAAAUCGCUAGAAUUAUGGCUACGAAGGCUGCUCUGUCACUUCGUGUGGAUGCCCUCUCGGACAAGGAUACCGUUAGCGGAAACAUCGGUUUGGAGAACCGCGUUCGCGUUGAAAACCGUCUUCGCAGUCUUGAAGGUGGAAAGCUUCUCCCUAUUCCCACUACUUCGACUCAGCAGUCGAAGUUUGAAAUGCAACCCGCCGCUGCCUACAACGCAGCUGCUGAUGCUGAAAUGACCGAGGCUGCUGAAGUGAAGACCGAAGUGAAGACUGAGUCGUCAAAGAAGGAGAAAAAGGAAAAGAAGUCCAAGCACAAGCACUCCGGUGACUCCGACUCAAAGAAGGACAAAAAGAAGAAGAAGAGAAAGGCAGAGGAUGGUGAGGACAGCUCUGAAAAGAAGAAGAAAAAGUCCAAAAAGUCCAAGGAGUAAGUUUUGCUCAUUGCUUGUACAUCUCCAUAAUGGCAUGCCGUUUCCUGCAACUUGUGUGCUAUUCUUCUUUUCCGCGUCCAUCUGUUUCCGUGAUGCUUGGACCGUUUGUGUGUGACGAGUACGAAUAAUUUAAUCUUGAACCAGUUCUAAAGUCAGAAAAUUAAGGAAAAGAGUUUCCCGCACAUGUUCUUCCUCUCCUUACUGGUGAACUUUUUGCAUGGGUUGCCAUUUCAGUCUGUCUUUUCAGAGAGCAAAAGGGGAUCUGGCGUGAGGCUUCUUCCUCUCUUGUUGUUAACAGCUAUUUUUGUUUUUUUGGAAGACUUGAAGGUCGGGUCUGUCUAAUUUCAUUAAAACGUAUUGUGAUCGUGUUUUGUUGUGUUAUUUAAAUACUUUUCUUUAUGGCGAGUGGGAAAUUGUAUUUGAGAAGGACAUGAACUGUAGUGGUGGAA